AAGAAGAAGAAGAAAUAACACACUAGAUAGCUACCAACCAUUGUGUGAAAAUGUCUAAUAUAGAGUUGUUGAGAUUGAUUUUCAACGAACGAUUUAGAGCGUGUCCUAAACUAUUCAGAGCUGUUGAAAAGACCAUAACAGAGUACCAGGAAAAUGUUUCCCCAUCGAAAGAGGAGAACGACUGUGUAAAGAGGCUGCUUGAUUUCAUCCUUCUACCAGAGAUACAGUUACAUAGAGCAGAUCUCCAGAAAACCACAGUCUCUGAAGAGGAGGUUUACCUUGAGCAGAACCAUUGUGAACAAGAAUGUAGCCUCGGUCUGGAGCGGGACUCAAAACCCACACAGAUUAAAGAGGAACAGGAGGAACGUAUGACCAGCCAUGGAGAAGAGCCAUUUCAAGAGCUGAAGAAUGAUAAAGACUCUGUAUUCAUUCCUUUCAGUGUGAAAAGUGAGUAUGACGAGUCCUCACAUCUGAGCAUAACCCGAAGUAAAGAAUACAAAGACCGAGACCCCUCCACUAAACAGAUCAAAACAGAACCUGGGGAAGAGGACUCAUCAGAACUAGCCAGUGACUAUAAGCCCAUCACUGCAGUAAAUCCAGCCUGUUCUACAGCUCAGAGUGAAAAUAGUGAAGUUAUUGACUGGAAUGAGAGUGAAGGACCUCUGUCAGCUUUGAAGCCGCGGAAAUCAAAAAGGAUGCGGACAGAAAAAGUACAAAGCUCCCUUAUCAGCUCUCAGGGCAGGAAAUCUGUGGUGUCCCAUCUGAAAUCACCUAUCAGGUCCAACUCUAAACAAAUUACCCAUAUGAGGAGCUACCUAGAGGAGAAAUUGCAUCGCUGUCAGGAUUGUGGAAAAUGUUUUGCUCGAGGUGGAGUUCUGAAACGGCAUAUGAGGAUCCACACAGGGGAGAAGCCAUAUUGCUGUCAAGAUUGUGGCAAAGCAUUCACCCGAAGUGAUUAUAUGAAACGGCAUAUGAGGAGCCACACAGGGGAGAAGCCGUAUUGCUGCCAUGAUUGUGGCAGAGCAUUCACUCGAAGGGAUUGCAUGACACGGCAUAUGAGGAGUCAUACAGGGGAGAAGCCAUAUUGCUGCCAUGAUUGUGGCAAAGCAUUCACACAUGACACAACAUGUGAGGAGCCACACGGGGGAGAAUCUGUAUUGCUGCCAUGAUUGUGGCAAAGCAUUCACUAGGAGUACACACAUGACACAGCACAUGAGGAGCCACACGGGAGAAAUCGCAUUGCUAUUUUUUUUUCUCAAAAGGGAAAUCUGAAAUCUCAUAUGAAGAGCCACACAGGAGACAAACCACAUCCUUGUCAUCUUUGUAUCAAACAUUUUACUGAAAGAAGUCAUCUGAAAGUGCAUAUGAGGAUUCAUACAGGUGAUAAAUAAUUUCGCUGACAGGAUUGUGACAAAUGUUUCACUCAGCAAUCCAAUCUGAAUAAGCAUAUAAUAAAAUCGCUUAUGAGGAGUCACAGAGGGGAAGAAACCACAUUACUGCUAAAAUAGUAGCAAAUCUUUCACCACUGGUUUCCAACUCACGCAGGGUUUAUGUGUCCUGUCUGAAGAAAAUGCUAGGGAUGCAAGUGUAUUAAACAGUCACAGGAGAAUACACACUGGAGAAAAUAUGUAAAUGCAGUGAUUUGGGAUUCAUGCUUCAAAACAAAUGAAACCCUAAGAGGAUGCAUGGAGAGAAUGCACAAAACAUGACUGUACCGUGUGUGGGCAUCAGACAGAAGAUUGAGAGGUACAUGUUUCAACUUCCAAAUGGAGACACAGUUCUUGUGGGGGUCUGAAUAAAUUAAUGAUUAAUCUCUGAGAAUAUUGCAUGAUGCCCACAGUUGUCUAACAGAGAGAAAUUUGAGGAUUGUUUUGCAACAGGAGUCCCUGCUCAUUAGUUUGACAUACAGGAUAUUUGACUGCAGUCCUCUGUAGAUGCUACUUGAACUCAUCAAUUCACUGCAUUAUUUGAUGUCUGUCCUACUGACCUUGGGGAAACUGGUGGGAAUCAAAAAUCACCUCCACUACAUUUGGACGUUUGAUUUUGACUCCAGCAUAAAAACGUAUAUAAAAUGUUAGCUUUUACUUGGACUCACUUGGCAUAUCAAAAUGAUGUGGAAAAUGAAGGCAGAACCUCAAUGGUUAAGGAGAGAUUAGUUUUGGGAGAUGAGAAAUAAAGUUGACACUUAAAGAUUCUCCUCUUCUUUUCUAAAGUAGGUAUCUCUUUUUAUCUUUAUGUUAGGAAUAUUCUUUGAAACAUUUAAAUAAACAAUUGAUUUUGUUUAUUUGACUGGGCAUGAAAACUAAAAUCCAUAUCAUGCAUGGAUGAUGGAUUUUUAUAAAGUAAAAAUACUUUGAAGUACUACUUUUUAUAUUUUUUGACAACUUUUAGAUUUACUCCACUACUUUUGUAAAGAAAAUAAUGUACUUUCUGUUCCAUACAUGUUCCCUGACACCCAAAAGUAAUCUUUACAUUUUGAACGCUUAGCAGGACAGGAACAUUUACCAAUUCACACAUUUAUCAAGAGAAAAUCCCUGGUCAUCCCUACUGCUUCUGAUCUGGCAGACUCACUAAACACAUGCUACAUUUGUAAAUUAUGUUUGAGUGUGGCCCUGGCUAGCCAUAAAUAAAUAAAUAUUGCUGUCUGUUUUGCUUAAAAUAAGGACUUUGAAAUGAUUUAUACUUUUAUUUUUAAUACUUUAGUAUAUUUAAAACCAAAUACUUUGACUUUCACUCAAGUAGAUUUGUACUGGGUGACUUUCUAUCAAGUAUGAUAAUUGGGUACUUUUUCCACACUGUAAAUAGCAAUAUGAUCAUGGCACACCCCACCACAUCCAUCAAACGGGAGCAAAGAUACUCAACAUACCUCAUACUGUUGAAGAAUGGUGCACUUUACUUACUUUACUUAGUAUUUAUGUUUUUGACAACUUUUACUGCUCUACAUUCCUAAAGAAAAUAUGUACUUUUUACUCCCAUUCAUUUCCUCUGACACCUAAAAGUACUUGUUACAUUUAGAAUUCUGAAGCAAAACAGCAAAAUGGUGCAAUUCAUGGACUUAUCAAGAGAACACGUGGCCAUCCCUAAUGCUUCUGAUCAAAAUGGCGUCUGUGUUGGAGUAUACCAUUCGCUGUCCUUUAAAUGUAAAAAUGUUUUAAUAAUUGUGCCGUCCGGUUUGCUUACCUCUACAUUUGCAUAGGGAGUGAUGUCAGACUUUCUGGCCUAGCCAGAGCCCAGCCUGGGAGGCAGUAUUUAAAAGGGCUGUCAUCACAACCGGCCGUGAUUGGGAGUCCCAUAGGGCGGCGCACAAUUGGCUCAGCGUCGUCUGGGUUAGGGUUUGGCCGGGAUAGGCCGUCAUUGUAAAUACGAAUUUGUUCUUAACUGACUUGCCUUUUUCAAAUAAAGGUUACAUAAAUAAACCGUCUAGCGAAUCCAACAGUUGUGGUUUCAUCUCGCUGUGAUAUUGUCUGCCAGAUUGAGCUCUCACAACAUUAAAAAAUGACAAUCAUUUAACAGAAUUGGAGCAAGACCACUUUCUCUUGGUCACAGACGGACAAAAGGACUUCUUGCUUAAAGUUGAAGUUGUAACGAGUCUGCACACAUUUUAAUGGUGUCUGCCUCUUGGAGGACAUUUUAGUAGACAAUUCUCUGCUCUAAGUUAUAUGAAAUAGUUCCAAAAUUGUACUGUCACUAAGUAUGUUAAAACCAUAAAAUAAAUGAUUAAAGGGGAAAGGUGUUACUAUAUUAAAAUAAUUUCUGUCAUUUCAAGCUCAAUUUUUGGGGGAAUAGGAAAUAAAAAAUAAUUUUUCAUAAUAUUUGAGAUUGAGUCCUCAGAAGUGAGUACACCUCAGCAAUGUAUACAACAAUGUUCAAGACCUUUCUUAAACUAUGCAACAUGACCAGUUAUUGUUUAUGGCCAUCAUGAAAAAUAAUUAUGUUUUGGUAUGUCUAUUUAGGGAGAAAUCUAAAUGUUGACAUAUCAUUCAACUGGUUAUAAGGAAUUUGAUUCAUAGUAAAACCAGUUUUUUUUUUAUUUUACUCAAGUAGUAUUUUACUUGGUGACUAACUUUUACUUGAAUAAUUGUUUACUUAUUAUUUCAUCAUUACUUUUACUCAAGUAUGACAAUUGGGUACUUUUUCCAUCUUUGACCAUUCAAACCAUCACUAAACCUUAGCCUGAAUUUCCAUGGGAGAUUCUCAUUUGGAUUUGCUCAACUCCUGUGUCAUCUCACUCCUUUUUGAAAAAGUUAAGGUAACCAAGAAGGUACAGUGCUAUUUCAGGAUCCUUGGGACAUCCCUACCCUAACCCUUACCCAUUAUGUCAACAUUAAUGAGGUAGGGAUGUCCCAAGGACCCCAGAUAGCACGGACCUAUUGAAAUGUAGCUAUGUAGCCUCUGUUUUCUGUUUGCUAGCUAAUAAGUAUGUUUGUAUGCACAUGUACAGUAUGUUCAUAUUGGUAUACUUACCCAUUCUACUUCCUAUUUUGUUUACCUGUUGCCAAGGAGGCCCUCCAAAUAAGAAGACUGGAGGCCAUUGUUGGUAAGAUUAGCAUUGUUUAUCAAAUGUUUUUCUGUGUUGUCUUAUGUGACCUCUACUGGCAGAUGGUUGAUAAUGGCUUCUAGUUGGUUGUCUCUUGUACUUGUCUUUAUUUUCUAAAAGGGUACAUGGUGGAGAAAUGUGAUUGCAACAAGAAACAGGACCAAGAUACAUGUCAAAGCUGAAUGAAGACAAGGCCUCAAAUGAAUUUAAUAAAAUAAAUAUAUUUGCAUAAUCUUAUUUCUUGUUUGAUAUAACUAGUUAGAAACUUGAGUUAAUAAAAUGUGCACUUGGCAGUUGCAAAGAAAAAG